UCUUAACCUCGCCACACAAUUCACGGAUCUUUAAUUUGUAUAUGAUUUUUAAAGUUUUUUAAAAACAAUUUUUUAAAAAAUUGCACAUUUUUGAUUGAAUAAAUGAUAAAAAAAAUAAUAUCAUUUAAUUCUUCUAAUUGAAAAAAAAAUUAUGGCAUCAUCCAGGGCAUUAGGAUAUCAAAUUCUACGACAAAAACGUUUUUUAUAUAAUUUAUCAAGUACUUCAUUGUGUUGCAUAAAAACUCCUAUUAUUAAUUCUCAAGCUUUUUAUUCAAAUAAUCAAAAUAGUAUGCCAAUAAAAAGUGAACAAUCGAAUUCUAAAAAUCAAAUUCAAACUGGAUUUGCGGAUGUAGUCAAAGAAAACACAAAAUCCGCUUGGUACUUGAGUGUAAUUGUUGGAGGAAUUGGAAUUACUGCUUGUAUUUUUUAUACAAUAUUAAAAGAAUUAUUUUCCGAAAGCAGUCCAAAUGGAAUUUAUAAAAAAGCCGUGAAACGAUGUUUACAAGAUUCGCGAGUUUUAGAUGCACUUGGGGAACCCGUUAAGGCAUACGGGGAAGAAAGUCGUCGAGGACGACGAAAUCACGUGAGACACAAUAUUUUCAUACAAAAUGGAGUUAAACACAUAAGGAUGCAAUUUUACGUUCAAGGAAUUCGAAAAAGGGGCACUGUUAACUUAGAAGUCAAAGAAACAAAAAGUGGAGAUUUUGAAUAUAAUUAUUUAAUUAUAAAAUUGGAAGACAUGCUUCGCUCAACUAUUAUUUUGGAAGACGGUCGCAAUUCCGUUAAAAAUACAACUUCAUCUGAUGAACUACCAUCUCCAUUGUUUUGAAUAUUUACAAAAUCAGAAAAAAAAAAUGUUUGAAUUCCCUUAUUUUGAGAAAUUAUUUCUCAAAUUAGUUCAUCAUCUUCCUGUAAAUAUUUAUAUAUUUUUCAUUUUAUAUAAAAAAAACUUUUUAGAUAUUUGUUGUUGAAUUAACAGAAAAAAAACGUAAUUGACGAUUUAUGCUAUUAAAAAUAAAAAAUGUUAUUCAAAAAAAUAA